AUGGAGAAGAAAUCAGCAGCUGCCUUGUCCUUCCUCUUCCUCGUUCUCUUUGUUGCACAAGAAAUUGCGGUGACUGAGGCAAACACUUGUGAGACUUUGUCUGCUAAAUACGAGGGACCAUGCUUCCUAAGUAGUGGCUGUUAUGAUACUUGCAAAAACAAAGAGAGCUUAGUUAGUGGCAGGUGCAGGAAUGAUUUUCGCUGCUGGUGCACUAAAAUCUGUUAA